ACUCUCUCGCAGUGUAUGCCAUGUACGGAGAAGACGCCAGUGAUCCAGCAAGUGUGCAGGAAACCACUUUGGCCCUGAGCCCUCCACUCUAUUUGCGUUUUUCCAACAUCAGCCAUGCCUCUGUCAGGGUCAACUGGGAGGCGGCUUUACAUGCUGUGAAAAAACACUGCAUAACGUAUAUCUCCAGCACGGGGAGCAACACUGGAGAGGUGGAAGUUCCUGGCUACGCAUCCUUUGUUGUGUUGAAGCCUCUCUUGUCACUGACAAAGUAUUUUGUCAGCGUGGUUUCUGUUUACGAAGAAGGCGACUCCUUCCCUGUGACAGGCAAUAUAACGACAUUAAAGGUGCCACCGCCCAGUCACCUGAAGGUCACCGAGCUCUCAGGAGGUUCGGUCCGGCUGGAAUGGGAAGCAUCUGCAGCGUCCGAUGUGGUUGUCUACCAGAUCAAAUGGAAUGUGCUUGGCGAAGAGAGGGCUCAGGAGCUGUCUGUUGCUGGAAACCUGGCAUCUUCUAUUCUUCCUGGUCUGAAAAAGAACACUGAGUACCAGAUCUCAAUUUGGGCAUUUUACAGAGACGGUGCUCAGAGUGAUAUCAUCUCAGUCCGGCACAGGAUCACAUCUCUUUUGCCAAGACUGCCCACGACAAGAGGAUCUGUCUCCUUCAAAACUGAGGGAUGUCCUGUUCUUGGCUCCAUGGAAGGCUCUCUGCAAGGUUAUGACAUGAUGGAGGCAUUUGGACUAACGGAAAAGGAGUAUGCCUCCACCAAAGGCGUUGCUCUGGAACCAUACAUCUUCCUGGGAACUCACACUUACACCCUCUUCAGGGAUAUCCAGCUAACCCGGAAGACAAGUGAAGUGUUUCCUUCUGGGAUUCCUGCUGAAUACACCAGCACUUUCCUUCUCCGACUAUUGCCAGAAAGCCCCAGGGAAGCCUUUGCUGUGUGGCAGAUAACAGACGAGGACUAUCAGCCUGUUCUUGGCAUCAUACUUGACUCCAAUAAAAAAUCCUUGAUAUAUUUCCAUCGUGACUAUGAAGCCGACGUCGAGGAAGUCACCUUUGAUCAACAGGACGUGAAGAAGAUAUUCUAUGGAAGCUUUCACAAGGUGCACAUAUCCGUGAGCCGUUCCAGGGUCAGACUCUAUAUUGACUGCAAGAAAAUAGCAGAGAAAUCGCUUGGCAACUCGGAAAGCAUUUCAACAGCUGGCUUUGUCAUGCUAGGGAAGCUGAUGAGGACGCGAGGACCACGGAGUGGGUCAGCAGCGUUUCAGCUGCAGUCUUUGCAGAUCGUGUGCAGCAGUUUGUGGGCUGAAGAGGACAAAUGUUGUGAUGUCCCAGCAUUGAGAGAUGAAGAGGCCUGUCCCAGCUUCUUUCCUUCCUGCAGCUGCACAUCAGAGACCCCAGGCCCUCCAGGCCCCCCGGGCACUCCUGGGAGGAGAGGACCACAGGGGGAACAAGGCGAGCCGGGCCCCAAGGGUGAGGCAGGUCCACCUGGUCAAGUUGGAGCAGAAGGUCCAGGAGGACAGCAAGGGACACCAGGCUCCCAAGGGUUGGCUGUACAGGGCCCCAUAGGACCACCAGGUAUUAAAGGGGACAAAGGGGACAAUGGCAGCCCAGGGAUGCAGGGUAUGAUGGGUCCUCAGGGCCCUCCGGGGAAAGAUGGAAUUCAAGGAUCAAAGGGUGUUCGAGGACUUGAAGGCACAGCUGGUCCACCUGGUCCACCAGGACCAAGGGGCUUCCAGGGCAUAGCAGGCGGCCGAGGCAGCAGCGGGGAGAGGGGUCCCCCAGGGGAAGUUGGACCAACGGGGCUGCCUGGUCCAAAAGGAGAAAAGGGAGAGAAAGGUGAAGCACAAUCUUUAGCCACAAUCUAUCAUCUUGUUAAUCAGGCUUGUGAGCGCUUAAUUCAGUCUCAUGUGUUAAAGUUUGACUCAUUCAUCCAUGAACAUUCACGGAAGCCAGUUCCUAUUUGGGAGGAUAGACUGAAGGUUGGAGAGCCUGGGCCACCUGGUCUUCCUGGGGCCCCUGGCAUGAAAGGAGAAAGAGGAGAAGUUGGGAUGCCUGGACAGCCUGGCAGAGACGGAUAUCCUGGAGAAAGAGGUGCUUCUGGACCUAAGGGGGAGAAAGGUUCUCCUGGAUCAGGUGAGGAAGGCUCUCAAGGACCUAGAGGUCAAGCAGGCCCUGCAGGGGAAGAGAUGCUUGGCAAGGAAGGCUCCAAGGGAUCCCCUGGCAGCACUGCCCCCUCAGAGUUUCCUGGGGCUAGAGGUCAACUUGGAGAGCCUGGCCAUGGAGGUGGUUGUGUCCUUUCAAGAUGCUAUGAAGAAAGUACAAGAGAUGCAGGGUUCAUCCCCUAAUGGUUGAUGUACAGGAUGUUGCAGACUGACCCUUGGCUUUCCAGCACCCCGCCGCAAACUGCUAUUUACUUAAAGGACAGCUGUGACUUGAAGAUUCAUACUCCCCCCCCCCCAUAAAACGGCAUCGUUCUUGUUUUUCUGUUUGUGUUUCAGAGCAAAAUUGCCAAGACUGCCUACAUAUAAUAGUCAAACCUGCUUGGAAGUGCAUCUCUGCGCCUUGUUAUUUGUCACAAGCACUUUAUCUUGCGUAACCUGUCGGGGUCAUAUACUCUGCAGGAUGGUUAAAACCAUACUUCUGAGGAGCAACUAAGCUCCUGGGAAGGGCGUCUGGGAGGCUAUUGGAUGCUGUGGAGUUCCCUCUCUCCACUUGGAGGGAGAAGACCGAGGUCAAAGGACUCCCCAGUCUAGUGGUGGAAAUUUCCUCUGCUGUUGCUUAUCUAAGGAUGGUAAGGUCAAAAAAGGGGCAUGGACAGGGCAGAUCACGGGAGGCACUGGCUGGAUCCCCUAGAUCCAAAGCCUCCUCAAUUCAUUGAGCUUUUCUUU